AUGUUAAGCAAUACGAUUUCACCACGAGUGAUGAAACUUGGUCUCCGCAAUUACCUGCAUAAGUAUCAGUACAAGAAUGUGAACGAUACACAAUUAUGGAGUGAGUUAACGAAGGUCGCAGAUGAUGAACACUUGCCCAGUUGGAACGACCAACCUUUGAACGUGGCCACACUGAUGGAUCCUUGGAUGUAUCAGGCCACAUAUCCAGUCCUGAAAUUGACAACGAAAGACGGACAAGUGACCUAUUCCCAAGAGCCAUUCAUACUCAAUACCAGCGCACUACAACCGAGCCCCUAUAAGUUUGAGUGGACGAUACCAGUAUUCUCACAACUGCAAAGAGGUGGGGAAGUCUUCCAUUAUUUCAGAGGAAAAGACGGUGAAAACCCGUUCUGGACUAGGCAACUGACUAACGAAUGGCAAGUGGAGAAUCCAGCUUUUAAGGUUCGGAUUUCGAAAAUCUCCGCGUCUCAAAUUAAUAAAACUAGACAGUUUCUUCGAAAAAAAUAUCUCUAA